AUGGUAGAUGUUGGGCAAAAGGCCAGCACAAGCAGGGUGGCUGUUGCUUCCGGACGAGUGCUUCUGGGUCCCAAGGUAUUUGACCUUGUGCGGGAUAACCAGAUGAAGAAGGGGGACGUCAUUACAGUUGCACAGCUGGCAGGGGUCAUGGGUGCCAAGCACACGAGCCUGCUGAUACCCCUGUGCCACAACAUCAGCCUCAGCAGAGUAGAUGUGAGUCUGUCGAUGGACAUGGAGAGCAAUGCGAUAACCAUCCGUGGAGAAGCCAGGACCACAGGGCAAACUGGUGUCGAGAUGGAGGCCCUCACGGCUGUGAGCACAGCAGCCCUCACAGUGUAUGACAUGUGCAAAGCAGUCUCCAAAGACAUCUGCAUUACAAGCAUCCGGCUUGACGCCAAGAGUGGGGGCCGCAGUGGGGACUACAAAAGAAGAAAGAAUCCUGGAUGA